UCAUGUAUGUAUUUAAUUCAGUAACCGUUGGGAAUAGACAUAAACUUAGAAAGUUAGACGUUAUAAGCGCAAAGCAAAGUAUGGCGUCCAACAGAUGCAUCGAAGGUUUCCAGAAAGGUGGAGUGAACCAUCUUGCACUCAUUCUCUUAUCUUUAGCUAACGUCCCACGUGCUACAGUCUAUUUACGUGCAUUGUGCACGGUUUAGAAGCCUCUUCACUGUUCAACGUUACGUAAAACGCGGAUCAACAACACAAUGCAAUUAGCUUGUCAAUGCUGAAAGAUCACGUCACGCAACAACAACAUAUGGCCUCAUGCUCCGUCGGCCGGAGACUUGUGGCUUGUCUUCUCAACGUUUCUGAAGCUCGCAGGAAAGAGCUGGUGGAGACUGUGGCCAGAGCAGCCCUAUACAACAAUAAAGCAGGUGUUAGACGAGAGGGGACCACAGUGCUGAACAUCUUCAAUGACCAUGACUACAACCGCUCUGUCAUCACCAUUGUUGCCAGUAUCGACUCCAUCAGGGAGGCGGUGCUGUCUGCAUGCGAGGAAGCCUGUGGGCUCAUCGACAUGGGCGCCCACAUGGGGGUCCACCCACGUAUGGGGGCCGUGGACCUCAUACCCAUCUACCCCUUGGGGGAGGAAGUAGGAGUGGAGGACUGUGCUAAAGAGGCUCGGGCUGUGGCUGAGGGACUCACAGAACGGGUCCAGGGCACCAGUGCGUUCCUGUUUGGCUGGGCAGACUCCCCCCUCCAGCGGGGCCUGGCACAGAGGAGACGGGAGAUGGGCUGGUUCAAGAAGACUCCACAGCUGCAGGCCAUCAGGCCAGACAUGGGGCCCCAGCCCCACCAUCCAUUGGGUCUAACAGGUGUUGGGGCCAGUCCGUACGUCAUGAACUGCAACGUCACUAUCGACACCCAGGACAUGGCCAUAGCACGCAGCAUCGCCGCGGCCCUCAGGGGGUCGACCCCGGGGGGGCUGCCCGGGGUGCAGGUGCUGGCGCUGCCACACGGUGGCGCUGUGGAAAUCGCCUGUAAUGUGGAAAGCGUGGAAGGGGGCCCACCUGGUGGAACGGAGCGCUGGCCGUGUUUCAGCAUCGGCGGGCGGCCCUACUGUCACGUUCCAGCUUCCCUCAUCACCACCAGGGUCGCUGAGCUGGCCGGGGGACGGGGGGUCGGCGUGAAGGGCACCGCGCUGGUGGGCUUCACCCCCCAUGAAUGCAGGCGCCUGGCAGAGAUUGCACUAGCUCAAGGGAUCGCUGAGUUCUGGAAAGAACGGGGCGAGGUCCGUAUGUGAAAAUGAAUCCAUUAAAAAACACCACAUCAUCCUCUUUGUUUGAGAGUUGACGGUUUAUUAAGCUCUGCUGACAAUGUCAGACGUCUACUCAAAAUCCAUAGUAUGAAAGGAAGUGUGUUUCUCUAUUUCAACAAGCUGGAUUAGUAGCAGUUAGCU